CACCACUUCGCCACUUUUCGCCACUUUUUGAACGCGGCCUGUCUAUACACACCAUAUUUUCCAACCUCUAAUUUCGUAAUUUUGCAGCAACUUCUACAUUAAUUGAGUUCUCAAAUGCACUAGUUCUUGCGUUAAUGCAACAUGGGUGACAAGCAACAAAGCCAAUAUUGGAUGGAGAGUCAGGUGGAACGUAAGCGCCUAGCCAGUAAUCACUAUAUAGCGAAAGAUGCCAUGGGCGGCACACUUGUUCGCGCGCCCGUCGACUUCUCUCAUCCAGUCAAGGUCCUGGAUAGUGGCACUGCAGACGGGACAUGGCUCCUCGAUCUCGCAUCUUCUCUCCCACCUCUGCCUGCUGAUACCAGUAAAAUGCAUGAGUUCUACGGCACAGACCUGAACCCAACCCCUUUCCCCGAUUCCCCGCCGCCCAAUGUGUUCUUCACCGUCCAGGACAUCAAACAACCUUGGCCCCUUUCCGAGCAGGGCAAGUACUCCCUUGUCCACCAACGUCUGACCCUUUUGGGCGCCGGUCCCUCACCGGCUACUUCGGUCUCUCAUCUCUACUCUCUCCUUCAACCUGGCGGCUGGAUUCAGCUUUGCGAGGCGACCAUGGUCUUCCCGCCAGAGAUCGUGAACGAGAAGCGCACGCCCGCAUUCUGCGACCUCCUCCGACUAAUGCAGAGCGUCGCAGAACACGUGGGUGCCGCGUGGGAGAUUGGUGGGACGCUAAGAGGUCUGCUAGAGGAGGUUGGGUGUACGGAUAUCAGCGAUGAGGAGGUUGUGCUGAACAUGGGGCGGACAAAUAAGGACGAUGGUUUGUGCAAAGAUGGUGUUGAGAGUUGUGGACUUGCUGUCGAGGGACUGUCUGGGUUUGCAAAAACUUUCGCGCCAGGCAAACAGCCUCUGCCAGCUGAAAGAUAUGAGAGUUUGAGAGGGGACUUGGUGAGGGAACUUAGCGAGGUAGGGUCGGUCUUCCCGCUUAGGAUAGUUUGGGGACGCAAACCACAAUGAAUGAUCAUUUAACAACGUACGCAUAGAAAUGGCCAAAACUCUUAACGUUUUGCUCUUAAAUAAAACAUUU